CGUAUUUCUCUCUUUUUCCAUUACCCCUCCAUCCCCACCCAUGCCUUUUGAAUCGGUCAGAGGUCAGUCUUGAGUUGGGCGCUCAAAGUGUAGACGCGGACACCCAGCACAGACCCGCCAGGACCACCUGGACUCAGGUUAUGUGUGAGACUUUCUGACAGAAAGAAGACAGUCUCGAUGAUGGAAGCCAUAUCGUUUGAAGGGGACAAUGACAUGUCCUACGAGGACAGUGAGUCACCUCUACCAUCUCCAUUCACUUUGACACCCGGGGGACACAAAGGCAGCUAUGACUUAGAGCAGAUGAGGCAGCAGGAAGAGCUGCAGCAUCAGACCUUCACCUUCUCUAGAGACUUAGAGGCCGCUCGAAAUACCAACACCAAUGCCAUCAAGAGAGGAGAUGCGGAGGCAUACGUUGAGCUGAAUGAGCUUCGUGGGGAGCUGUGGCAGGAAAUGGGACGCUGGGUGGGUUACGAGGAGAACUUAAGCCCUGCCACAGGACAGUGGAGCCAGGCCCACAUUUCCUAUCUCACCUUCAAAAGCCUCAUUCAACUCCGCAAGGUCAUGAGCACAGGGGCGGUGCUGCUUGAUGUUGAUGACAGCAGCUUAUCAAGCAUUGGUCAGAAGAUGGUGGAACAGCUUCUGCUCAAAGAAGAGAUCCGGCCCACAGACCGUGAUGCUCUUGUGACCAUACUGCAACGCAAGCGCACUCAAUUAGAGCCUACUUUAAGCCCUGGUUCAGCAGACAUAGAGCUGCAAACAUUCUCAGUCAGCAAACAGCGAGACAUGGUUGAUCGUGUGGAGGCCUCUGUAGUUUUAUCAGGUGUGGUGGAGAACCUCCAAAAACCAGUGGUAGCGUUUGCACGUCUGCGGGAUUCAGUGGUGAUGGAAGGGGUUCUGGAAGCUCCAGUUCCAGUUCGUUUUGUCUUCUUCCUGAUGGGCCCCAGUCACAGCGGCAUGGACUAUCAUGAGUGUGGCCGGGCCAUGGCAGCACUAAUGGCCGAUUGGGUGUUCACUCUGGAGGCUUACUUGGCCACAAAUGGGAAGGAUCUGACCAAUGCCAUGGCAGACUUCAUGGACUGCAGCAUUGUGAUCCCACCCACAGAAAUCCAGGAUGAGAGCAUGCUGAAGCCAAUCAUCAACUUCCAGAAGAAGAUGCUGCGUGAUAGGAUCCGCCCAAAUGAUACCCGACUCAUGGUUGGGAGCAAAGCCUCAACUGGACCUGAGAAGCCACAGGAGGAUCCACUGGCCCGUACCGGCUAUCCGUUUGGCGGAAUGGUCAAAGACUUAAAACGCCGCUACAAGCAUUACCUUAGUGACUUCAAAGAUGCACUGGACCCUCAGGUGCUGUCUUCUGUCAUCUUCAUCUACUUCGCUGCCCUUUCUCCUGCCAUCACCUUCGGAGGACUUCUUGCGGAUAAGACGGAGCAUAUGAUGGGGGUCUCUGAGAUGAUGGUCUCUACCUGCGUGCAGGGUAUCAUCUUUUGUCUGUUUGCGGCUCAACCAGUUCUCAUCAUUGGGUUUACCGGUCCAUUGAUGGUGUUUGAGGAGGCCUUCUUUCAGUUCUGCAAGUCUAAUGGCUUUGAGUACAUUGUGGGCCGUGUCUGGGUGGGCAUGUGGUUGAUCAUCAUUGUGGUGGUGAUUAUGGCAGUGGAGGGGAGCUUCCUUGUUCGUUUCAUCUCGCGCUUCACCCAGGAGAUCUUCUCCAUCUUGAUCUCUCUCAUUUUCAUCUACGAGACCUUUUCCAAGCUGAUCAAGAUUUUCAAAGCGCACCCUUUAAUUUUGAACUACGAACACUUGAAUGAUACCUUGGAAGACCCCUUCCACCCUGUCAAAAAGAUUAUCAACGUCACAGACCAAACUCAUGGCAAUGUUACCGAACAUCAUGCGAUAAUAGAGAGAGCAUAUCCCAACACCGCCCUGCUAUCCAUGUGCCUUAUGUUUGGAUGUUUCUUCAUUGCAAUGUAUCUCCGUGGGUUUAAAACUAGCACAUACCUUCCUGGCCCCAUCCGACGAAUGAUUGGAGAUUUUGGUGUCCCCAUCGCCAUCUUCUUCAUGAUCGCUGUGGAUAUCUGCAUCAGCGAUGCCUACACACAGAAACUGGUGGUGCCAAAGGGGCUGACCGUGUCCAACCCGUCUGCUAGAGGUUGGCUCAUCAACCCAAUGGGUGAGAAGAAGCCAUUCCCUGUCUGGUUGAUGUUCGCCUGUGUUGUCCCUGCCUUGUUGGUCUUCAUCCUAAUCUUCCUUGAGUCCCAGAUCACCACGCUGAUUGUGAGUAAGCCUGAGAGAAAAAUGGUCAAAGGCUCUGGUUUCCAUCUGGACCUCCUGAUUUUGGUGUUCUUGGGAGGAGCUGGCUCUAUCUUUGGUGUGCCCUGGCUCAGUGCUGCUACAGUGAGAUCUGUCACCCACGCCAACUCCCUGACCGUCAUGACCAAAGGCCCCAGACCGCAGAUUGAACGUGUGCUAGAACAAAGAGUCAGUGGUAUUUUGGUGGCUGUGAUGGUUGGGGUCUCGAUUCUCAUGGAGCCCGUCCUGAAGAUGAUACCUAUGACGGCUCUGUUCGGGAUCUUCCUCUAUAUGGGUAUCACUUCCCUGAGUGGCAUCCAACUUUGGGACCGUAUGCUUAUGCUUAUUAUGCCGAAAAAGCAUCAUCCACCUGUUCCAUUUGUCACCCGUGUGCCGACUAUGCGUAUGCACCUGUACACUUUGAUCCAAGUGAUGUGUUUGGUGAUUCUGUGGGCAGUAAAAUCAAGUGCGUUUUCACUUGCCCUGCCCUUUGUCCUGAUCCUCACGAUCCCUCUAAGAAUGUUCAUGACCGGUCAAGUCUUCACUGUCAUGGAAAUGAAAUGUCUGGAUGCAGAUGAUGCAAAUGUGAAAUUUGAUGAUGAGGAUGACUAAAAUAACCCCAAAACUUCUUUGGACGUCUUUCUUGAUUCUUGAAUCCAAGCCACUAUGAAUUCAUCUUACUGUGUGCAUUACAUGAUAAUCUUUUGCUUAUAUUUUUAUCUGUUGUACAUUCAAAUUUUAGCUGAACAAAUCUCAGUGUUUCUUUUAUGAAAGUUUUAGAAUGCAAUUAAUGCACACCUAAAUUUCAUAAACUGUUCAUAUACAUUCCAUAGUUAUCACAAUGUUGUCUUACUUUUACUUACUUUUUCAUAGAACAUUCUUUUACAUGACUUUUUAUUAUUUCUGUGUUUGUGUGCCUGAUAAGACUUUUUUGCCCCCUAGAACAACCCCAAUAUAAAUUUGGGAUUUAUAUAUCAUGGUGUUUAUUUAUUUAAUGUAUUCAGAGUUUCAUGCAAAAAAAAUCUUAUGCCAGUGUGAAGUAUGUCAACCACACACCAGCUCGAAUGUAAAUCCCAUCCUGCUUUAACAGGUGAUGCCUAUGCAAAAUGUGCCUUUAUAUUUCUUAUGAGAAUUUCAGGGACUUCAUACCUGUAAAUAUAAUAGGCUUACAAAUACAGAAUGUUAGCUAUAUAGGUUACUAUUGCAAAGAUUUAAUACCUUUGCGUAUAAAUGAAUAGUUGAUUUUAUGUGUGCUUGGUCUGUUAUGCUGUGUGACUUUGUUUAAUGAUUAAAAUUCUUUAAAACUUUA